AAAUCGCGGCCUGGCUGAUCAGUAAGAUGGGAUGAGAGAAGAUUCUUUGCAAAAGAAUGAGGAGUUGUUUUGAUUUUAAAUUUGUGCGCAAAACUACUUCCAUCAUGUGGUAGAUCACCGCGGAAAACACAAAGUAUGUCUGCCGUUGACAAAGAUGGUUACCUUCUCAGACAACAAAGAAGUCACAAUUCUUCUUCCUACGGACAUUUUCGGACGAUUUUUAUUUCCAGUGGUCUUAGUUGUUUGAUGACAGUUUUGAUUAUUUCGUUCUUAUUACGAAACACCGCGUUUGUUAACAUCUAUAUCCCGAAUUCGGCUUCAUCUCAGACAAACAAACAUGAUCAGGAGCGACGAUCCUAUGCCAAGAAUGUGGAGCUAGUGAUGUUACCUUUCGCUGUCAAACAAGGUGCAGUCUGCCUAGACGGAUCACCCCCCGGAUAUUACUUCAGACAAGGACAUGGCGCAGGGGGUAAUAACUGGAUUAUUCACUUCUUCGGUGGAGCAUGGUGUUUUGACGAGGAAUCCUGUCUUCAACGCAGUAAAACGCGAUUGGGAUCAAGUAAUUUCUUUCCGCCCCAUCCUCCAACACUGCAAGGAAUCCUCUCCGACAACGACAAAAUUAACCCGGAUUUCUACGAUUGGAACUUAGUUCUGUUGUGUUAUUGUGACGGAGCUUCUUUUACUGGUUAUCGGUCAGAUCCAGUUAAUGUAAACGGACAGUAUAUCUAUAUGCGUGGCAAAAAAAUUCUGGAGGUGAUCAUUGAUCAGUUAUUGCAAAGCGAAUUUCGAAAUGCAAAGCGCUUACUCCUCAGUGGGACUUCCGCCGGAAGUUUAGCAGUGACGAUGAACGCCGACUUCGUUCGGAGUCGUAUUCCUAAAUCGAUAGAUGUUCGUGCACUGGUCGAUUCGGGUUACUUUGUCGAUGUAGCAGCACUGAGUGGUGAGGACAUGAUCAACAAGCAUUUUAAGGAGAUGUUUGAUGUGCACAACUCCGUUGGUGGCGUUGACGAAGAUUGUGCGAGAGGUUUUCGGCCGUCACUCCGUUGGAAAUGUUUAUUUCCCCAACAUGCUUUUAACUUCGUAAGCACGCCUCUUUUUGUGCUGCAAUCGGCAUAUGACGAGUGGCAACUGAUCCACAUUCGCGGAAUCAACUGCCAGGUUCCUGACUACAGCGAUAAUUUCACCACAAAACGAAGUCUUUUUCGUAGAUCUACCAAAGACACCAUUUCUCCGAGUAAGCCCAGCCCAGAUCGUAACUGGAACUACAAACACAUUCACGGCAUUUAUUGCAGGCCGCCAGAAUGCACGCGUAAUGAAAUGGCAGCAAUUAUGCAAUACAGGAAUGUGAGUCUGUUUGCAUUGCGCCCAGUGCUACGUUCACCCAAUUCAGGUUUAUUUUUAAGCUCGUGUUUAGAACAUUCGCAGAGCUUGUAUGAUGAUACUUGGACUGGAAUCUUUGUGAAUGGUUUUAGCGUUGCUGAGGCUGUUGGAAACUGGAUGUUCGAGCGGACGACAGAACAUCAACAUAUUGACUGUGCUUUUCCCUGUAAUCCAUCGUGCGCUAAUGUCUGGUGAAAUUUUAGGUUUAGGAUUCUAUAAAUUUUCUCAUUUCUCAAAAGGUGAGAAGAGAUAGAGCGAGCAUUGACUGAGUGUCGCAAAAAAAGACCAACGUUAUGUUAUCAAAGCGACCAAUCAAAAUAAAGAAAAAAAUUACAAGGAACCAAUGAGCACUCAAAGUAAAAACAAACAACUUUUAGAAGGGCGGGAAAACGCAAGUUGCUAAGUCGCGAUUGGUCUUAGUCUUGGAUGUGAUUGGUCGAAAGAAUGGUGCGAUCGUGCAGGUUUUCUUGACCAAUCGCAAAGCCAAAUCCAGGGAAACCAAUGCUAACUUUCGAUGCUCCCUUAAAAAUUACUCCAAAAAAAGUGAAAAAGAAGGAAAGUUCUUGCACAGUUUAUCAUAACAGUCAUUCAUGGGUGAAUGAGUAAGUUUACUUAAGAUAGAGGAUGACAUGAGACACAUUUCAAUGUAUAUGUACAGUACGCACAGAACAAGCACCCUGUAGUGCUAACUUUUAAAGCGGCUCAAACCAUCUCUGGUUUUUAAAUUAAAUUUUCC